AUGAUCACAACAACAACAGCUGGCAGCGUCUUUCUGGACCGCGCGCCUCUCUGCCCAUCUCCCCUCCACAUCCAGAAGAUAUCGCGGAAAGCUACUUUUCGAAGGCGAAUAUUCCGUAAGUCUACUCCUACCUAUAGCGACGAUCAGUACGUGUUCGGUCCGCUAGACGACAUCAUCGACGAGAUCAAGAGCGAUAUCUGGGAGUCACCACCUGACUACAGCUUCAACUCAUCCGUCUUUGACUGGGCGCAGCCGCUCAGAGCACCUUUGUCGUGGACCGUAACACCUCUGCCUGUUAGUCGCGCUCCGAGCGACCAACCUCUGACGAUACGCAAGAACAGAAACAGUCGGUCCUCAGCCUCAGGAUCCAGUUUUGGAGAUCAGAUGGCGUUCUCGCGCAAGAACAGCCAUGUCGAGCCCGAAAACGGCGACCCAGUACGUUCCAUGCCUACCACUGCACUUACCCCUUGGCCGUUGAUCGAUGUGGCGUCGAGCGAGUCUGCGUACCCUCUCUUUGUCGCCGAUAGCGCUGAACACAUGAACGCGCAACAGGCCCUCGAGAAGGCGAUUAGCAACACUGAAGGUAGCACCGAACCCCUGAAGCGGCGCAUGUCGUCAAAGCUUCGAUCGUUCACCAGUGGUCUACCUCUCUUACGUCGUCACAACACUGGAGAGACUAGCGCUGGUAUUAGCGGUUCGCCGAGUGCAACGUCGCCAACAGCAGCUACAGUGCUUGCGGCUCACGAUGAGGCUGGAGAAGGCUCAGAAGUCAAGCGUCCGGACGACCAAGCUGUCGAGGCCUACCUGCUGAGCAACGCCCGCAACGGAGACGAGUUCACCUCCCUCAUGGGAUGCAUCUCGAAGCGCAUUCCUUCCCCGACUGACUUUGAUCAUGAGGCUUCGGAGGCACAGGUGUCAGACUUGACCUCACACUUGCCGACAACCCUGCGCGCAGCGGUUAGACUGUUCCCUGAGGUCAAGCUUCUCACAGAGGAUUACCAAGACAUCGGCGUUGCUAUCGAAAUUGAGGGUGUCCUGCACAACCGAAAGCCUCUGCCUGACACCGGUAUUGAUGUGAUCUUCGUGGUAGACAACGGAAUCGCGCAUUCUGGCUCACAACUCUGGCAUCCGCCUCGUCCAAACCCCACCAUGGGUGAUGUCAUUCUUGGCAUCGCCGGAUCAAUGGCGGGCGAGCACCUCAAGGCUGGUCGAACUCAUGUCAUCGUACUGUCUCCUGCGGCUCAUGUCUUGCACAAGGUAUCGAAAUCCUUCCCGGAUAUCUACAUUCACCGCAUCAAUCCUGCGUUCCUCCCGUAUCGCCGCGAACCAGAGUUUCAGGAUACCAUCUGUCUUAAAGACUGCUGCAAGAACGUCUUCGCUAGCAACUGGUCCAAGUACCAAUCCACGUCCGGUCGCAUCAAGCGCAUCUUGAAGAAUGCCCGCUCUGAGCAACCCGUUGGGGAACUGCUUGAUUUGAAGGUCGAAAUUCGGACCAAGGCAGGUUGCGAGGUUCUCGUUGAGUCUGGAAGCAAAGAGAUUCGUCGACUGUUUCCGGGACAAGUGCACACCCUCUUCGUCUGGAUUCGCAUCAAUAAGGCUGAGACUCAGGGCGUCAACCUCAAUUCCGACAACCCAAUUCUUAACUCAUGCCUUGACGCCAAUGGGCUGAGACAGGAGCUGCAGAACUGUGUCCGUGUGGGUGCCACCAAGGUAAACCCUCUUGACGUGCAGCUCAUGCAUCGCAGCUCGCUCCACCCGACGCGAUCUUGGAUGUAUACGGAGGCUCAACUCAUCCUCACUCGCGAGCUUGGCGGGCUGGCACCUCUUCUGGACACAUCCAUGGAGUUUUACAAGCGUCAGCUUUUCUGCAACCUUUCUCGAGUGUCGGCAGACGAGGCUAAAGUCGUGGCUGAAGCGACUCUGAACACCCUCCCCAAAGAUCAUGAACAAGCAAAUAUGCUACUGGAGCGCAUGUCGCAGGAGAUCGAGCUUCACUUGGCGAUCCGCAAGUAUGAGAAGGAAUACCGACAGAGGCUCCCGCUGUGCCCCGGUCCCACCGACGUGGAAGCAUCUCACAAGUGGCUUCACGAGCUGUGGGCUCGUAGGAGGAACAAGCGCAGCGGCUCAGACGUGGCCUGA